CUCAAGAUAGUUUCAGAAAAACAACUAUUUAAGAGAAUUCAAACUUAACUAAAUUUAAUAACAGUCCUGUAUUCUGAUCUUAUUACAACAUUUUCCUUUCACGUAUUUUUUUCGAUUUGAGGUGAGACAGCUUUGCUUUCACUAACUUUGGCCCUCGGAGGCUGCCGUCAAAUAAGCCUGUACGUGGCAGUCAUACAGCAACACAGAGCAGCGGAGGCUGGUGCGGCUCCUCUUCAGCAGCGGUUCUCUAACACACGCCGACAUCCUGCUUGUUAUUCUGAAGAGAGGACAGUCUAAAGUUUUACGCCCCCCCUCUCAUCGCUUGAAACAUGUUUACAUCGUCGGAGCUGGUCGUUUUACUGGCCGUCCUGACUGCCACUGCGUCCGGCUACUUCGUUAGCAUAGACGCCCAUGCCGAAGAGUGCUUUUACGAGCGGGUCAACUCCGGCACUAAGAUGGGCCUCAUGUUUGAGGUGGCGGAAGGUGGCUUCCUGGACAUCGACGUUGAGAUAACAGGGCCUGAUGGAAAGCAGAUUUACAAAGGGGACCGGGAGUCCAGUGGGAAGUAUUCGGUGGCUGCUCACAUGGAUGGAACCUACAAGUUCUGCUUCAGCAACAAGAUGUCGACCAUGACACCCAAGAUUGUCAUGUUCACCAUCGAUAUCGGAGAGGCGCCCAAAGGCCAAGACAUGGAGACGGAAGCCCAUCAAAACAAGCUGGAGGAGAUGAUCAACGAGCUGGCUGUUGCCAUGACGGCGGUGAAGCACGAGCAGGAGUACAUGGAGGUCCGGGAGCGGAUACACCGAGCCAGUAAGAGCCCGCCGGUCGUCAACGACAACACAAACAGCAGAGUGGUCCUGUGGUCCUUCUUUGAGGCCCUGGUUCUGGUGGCCAUGACGCUCGGACAAAUUUACUACCUGAAGAGAUUUUUCGAAGUGCGGCGAGUGGUGUAGAGCGAGCUACUGAUCCCUGGGUGUCCUCCACUGUUUUCUCCACCACCGAGACAGUUCUUUACACUCUGGAAGUGAGACUGGGAGUUUCGAGUAAAGCCUACACACGAUUGGAUCUCAGAUGUUUCGUUCUCCCCCUUACCUGUUUGGUUCCCUCUUUAUAAAUGUAUGUUUGGAACGGACAGCCAAAAGAUUCUGCUAUUGAUGUCAGUCUUUAGUUCUUUGUUUGUUUUGUUGUUUUACAGAUUUUUAUCGUCCAAAUUUGUUUGAUAAUUCUAGUUAAGUACCAGUUACUUGCCCGUGCAAAUGACUGCGAGGCUCUUAAUUUUCGGUAAUUGUAGUCACAUGAGAAGGACUUGAAAAUGCACACGUGUGAAGAGCAGCAGGGGAGUGGCCACAAAGCAGCGUUGCUCUCUUUAAUGUUUAAAACGGAACCGUUUUCCAAUUAAAACGUGCAGCUCAUCUUCUGAGAGGCGGAGGGUUGUGUUCAUGUGUCAAAGCCACUGCCCAUUGUGUCAGUACUCUCAACAACAAAAAAAAACCUAAACAAAUUGCACUCCUGAAGCGUCUGAACGUGUGACUUGUUCAUAUUGCAGCUGGUGUUUUAAGGGAAACUGAUCGGCUUCUGUCUCUGUCCGACGGACUGCUGGGGUGUUGGCCUUCCCGUCUGUCCGGGGAGAUGGUGCACUGCGUUCUAUUUAACCGGUGGUCGAAUAAAAUGGAAAUCAUCCCUGAAAAAUUUCUCUCUAAUUUUGCUCUUCAAACUCAAUUUAAAAGCUCUCUCGAACAUCUGGAGGAGCUGAGGAAGGGUUUUUAUCAAACCUGAAGAUGUGGGGGCGCCGCUCCACAGAGAGGGGUAGGAAAACUAAGAAGUAUUUUUUAUUGGGGGGGGGGGGGGGGGUCUCGCAUACGACUGCUGUGUGCUUAGUUGCUUCUUUACUAUAAUCAUUUUGUCAAGGUUGGGGAUUUUAAAUUAUACGAUUGUACACAGCUUUGGGUUUGUUUGUUUUUUUUUGGAGCAUGUCUAGUGAUGUGCAGCUGUCUGAACGAUGGCUUUUGUAAAAACGAGCGAGUGGCUUCACAUCCAGCGCACAGCUGCGGCUCUCCGAGAGUUGCACGUCACCAAAUACGCCCCAGUUUUGUAUUGAAACAGUUUUCGGUGAGCCUCAGGCAGGAAACCUGCUCUGUGCACAGUCUCCCCCCUUUUUUUUUUUGUGAUCGCAACAGAAAUCUGCUCAAUGGGUCUGUACAAAUGUAGAAUGGUUGUCUGGAACGUGUCCCAGGUUUCAUAAUAAAGCCCACAUAAUGUACAAAUACUCUGGUGUGUCUUUAAACAUGCAGUUUCAGUUCAUCCAUCAAGGGG